AUGCCUAUUAAAUGGAUGGCUCUUGAAUGCAUCCACUACAGGAAGUUCACCCAUCAGAGUGACGUAUGGAGUUAUGGAGUGACCAUCUGGGAGCUGAUGACAUUCGGAGGCAAGCCCUACGAUGGCAUCCCCACGCGAGAAAUCCCAGACAUUCUGGAGAAGGGGGAGCGUCUGCCCCAGCCGCCCAUUUGUACCAUAGAUGUCUACAUGGUUAUGGUGAAAUGCUGGAUGAUUGACGCAGACAGCAGGCCAAAGUUUAAGGAGCUGGCUGCUGAGUUUUGCAGAAUGGCCCGGGACCCCCAGCGAUACCUGGUCAUCCAGGGAGACGACCGCAUGAAGCUCCCCAGCCCCAAUGACAGCAAGUUCUUCCAGAGCCUUCUGGACGAGGAGGAUCUAGACGACUUGAUGGAUGCCGACGAGUACCUGGUGCCUCGAGGUUUCAACAUGGCUCCUCCGUCCUACACAACCAGGCCUCGAGUUGACUCCAACAGAAACCAGUUUGGCUAUCGAGAUGGUGGUCCAAACCCUGCAGAGGCCUCUGCCGCAGGUGCCCAGGCCAGCGUGAAUCAGGAAGCCACAGGUGGACCGGGUCCGGCCCUGGAGGAUCAGCGCUGUAAUGGCAGCCUGCACAAGAAGAGCCUGAGCCAGGCUGGAGUAGAGGACAGCGGGGGCCAGAGGUACAGCGCUGACCCCACCAUCUUCCUCGGGGAGAGGGCGCCCAGAGGGGACACUGAUGAGGACGGAUACAUGACACCCAUGAAGGACAAGAGCUCCUCAGAAUAUCUGAAUCCCAUUGAGGAGAACCCAUUUGUCUCUCGACGCAAGAACGGUGAGAUCCACGCCUUGGAUAACCCGGGCUACCACAGCACACCCAACAGCCAGCCCAAAGGGGAGGACGAGUACAUCAACGAGCCCCUAUACCUCAACACCUUCCACAGCCCCGCCGAGCUGGGCCUGGAGGCACUGAGGAGAAAUGGUCUUCCCCUGCCCACCCAGCCUCCUUCUUCUAUCGCUUCUUCAGGCUCCCACCUCCCACUUACCAUCCAGACCAGCCUGCCCCAUUACCCCCUCCCUACUGCCCAGCCCUCUCCAUCUGGCAUGCCUUGCCACCACGGCCCACCGACCCACAUCCUCCACGCCCAUCACACCAUCAAACCCGCGGGACAGCCUGGCAAUCCAGGUGGCGGCUCCACCAGCCAGAGCCAAACAGGAACUACUGCCCAAGCCCAGGUGUGCCAGUCAGGUGCCCUGUCCACUUCGGGCAACAUUGGGCACGGCAGCCUGCCAGCCUACCAGAUCCACGCCACCACGCACCCCGCCAGCAUGUUGAAGCACGGACAGACGUCAGGUAAAGUCAGCGGGAAAAAGCUGAAGGUGACCUUUGACAAUCCAGAGUACUGGCAACACAGCUUGCCCCCCAAAUCGUCUAACCAGGCGAUCCCUGACAGCGCCCAGGGCGGCUCCACCAACGCCAAGCUCUUCUAUAAGCAGAACGGACACAUACGGCCGGCGGUAGCUGAAAACCCCGAGUACAUGUCUGAGUUUUCCCUGAAAUCUGGCACCGUCUUGCCCCCUCCACCCUACCGACAGCGGAACACUGUGGUCUAAAUCGUUCCAAACCUUCCUCAAUCUGACUCUAGCCUCCAGCAACCCAGACAUCCUCUCCGGUUCCACUGUUCCACGCAGAGGGGAGCGGCCUCAACCAGAGCCCCCAACUCUUUCCAAAUACUGUGCCAUCUGCUGUAGACCGUAGCGACAUCAGAAGGAGGUGGACCGAACCGAGCCAAGCAAACCCAACUCACCUUCAUCCAAUCCAGUCCAUUUCUGUCCUGUAGAUAGAGACUGUGCUCCACAUCACUGAGAACGUGAAGGUUACGGUAGUUUUCAAGGGACACAUAACUGUCACACAGCAGUGGACACACAGCACAGUGUCGUCCCAGUGAGGCAGACCGCAACAAGAUGGAUUCGGCGUAGGGGACCUGAACUCACUGCCAGUCACUGCGGUGUCAGAUUCACGAGAGGAACAAGAUGUUUUCUUAUUUUUUCAGUAUAAAGGUCUGAAGAUGAACUUCUAAGGGUUUCUGAAAUAAGCAAACAGACGGAACAAAUAGAGUCUGUAAGAUGUCAAGAUGUCUUGUUUUGUGAAUGACCUUGUAGAGUGAGGCAAAACAGCAAAAUAUGGAGGAAUAAAAGGCUGAAAAGGGUUUAGUCAGGACAUCCAGUAACAUGAGGAUGGAGCACUGAAAGCUGAUCAAUCAUAUUCACUCUUUUUGCCUAUAGGAUUAUACCGUACAUCCUCCAAUUUUCCGUCAAACAUGUGAAACUCAUCUCAUCUUUCUUACUGUAACUGUGAUACUGUGAUGGCCAAAACUACAGUGAUCCCUCCACACAUCUGUAGUUCGACCAUUGACUUUUUAACUCGCCUGAAAAACACACAGGGCAACUGCUGUUUUUGUUGUUUUUGGUUGACUGCUGUCUGCUUGGAAAGGCUGAUCAAAAACAGCCUUUUCCAAGCCAAAGGGAAUAAGGGAAAAAAUACACUGUAAACAUUUUUAUAAACACUGGUUGCAGGGUUGAGAAGAUUGAUUUUUAUACACUGGUUUUCCCAUUUAGAACAGGAGGCUAACUUGAUGAGUGUCUUGCCAUAAGAGUGGGAGGAUAGUUAGGGAAAUUCCUGAAUCUGCUGAAUAGUGUGAUAUCUACAAAGCAGCCGAACUAAAAAUGGUGAUUAUAGAGACAGAGAGUGAGAGAAAAAAGAGAAAACAUCUACAGAGAGGAAAGAAAAAGUUCAUACAAGCCGCCUAAUGAAGACCUCAAGGAAUGAACAAGACAGCACCAGCAGAGCACAGAAAAACUACUUUUUUGUGUGUGUGUUUAUGUCAGUGUGAAUGGAACAAGUGUGUGUGUGUGUGUGUGUGUUCACAUAUUAGCGAGCCAGUUUGACCCCGCGGGGAUAUCUGUGGGGAAAGAGAUGCGGUCGAAGUCGGUGAUGAUAUAGUCGACAGCUUCAGUACAGCUGUUAAACAACAGUAGGCUCAACACUGGUCCGACCUCAAAGACUUCCACCAUAUGACUGCUGUCAACAGAAAACAUUUCUACUGUCUCAUUGAGUGGCAAACAGCACCAAAUCUCUGGGAGGUUUUCAUCUUUUUAGGUGUUGGAUGGUUAAAGUCAGGAAUCUGAGGCUUUAUGAAGGAGCUAUUGAUGCACACAGUGAUGGUUCUGUGCCAAAAUUAACAUGUGUCUCUAUCGAAGUGUUCAUUUAUAAGGUACUUGACUGUAGCUUGAAUCUAGUUCUUAAAAAAUUAUAAAUACUAACCACUUUUUCUCUGGACCCACUCGUCUCUAUGGCAGCAAAUUUGGACAUGAUACCAGUGAAGAUGGGGAAUGGAGGCAGUGUCUGUCGUUUCUGGCAUAGUUUGUCCUUAAUUCAUCAGUGGCACCCUGAAAUCAAGAGCCUGUUGCAAGCCUGACCACUCUGCAGUCAAGAGGUAUCAGGUUUGGUCUAAGGUGGCAAAGCAACCUGCACAAUUUUUUAAAUCAUGCUUUUUAUUUUACUCUAAUAAUCAACAGCAAAGAUCAGGACUACAUUCAUGUUCUCAUUCGACUGACUUUUAACCUAAAGGUGCUGUCAGUUGCACUUUGACUGCUCUAAAUGGCAGUGUUGACAACCAAAUUGCUUGAUAUUUUUGAAGGACCUUAUUGCCCAGAAGUCAGAACUCCAUAAGCUAUUAACCUUGUCUCCUAGAAAUGAUAUAGAUAUGUUAAUUCAUAUAGUAAUCCAGCAAAUACAUACCUGGGAAAUCAAAUAAGUACUGUAUUAACCUAAUUUCUGGGAGACAGGGUUAAACCUACGCCUAAAUGUGAUCUUCGUAGUUGCUGGUGAAGGUUUCUUGAAUUUUCUUUCAGCUAAUUACUUUAUUAAUAUUGGUAAAUAUGUCAAAGGUACAACUUAGAGGAGACUGUAAUGUCUUUAUAGGUUUGUUGUUGUUGUUCAAGUGCAGCUGUAUGUUGUUAAUUUGUACUUUUCCCAACACUGAAUUAUUAGUCUGGCUGCUGUUUGACGAUGCCUUGGAUCCAUUUACACUAAAGGCCUUUGCACACCAAGUCAAUGGAGUUUCAAGCAGUGAAGAUGAUUUUGUCGUAGAUAGGAGACAAAAAUUGGGUUUUUCCAAUCCUGAGAAGGUCUCUAGAGCAAGGAGAGUUUACCUGUCAAUAAAACUGGAAUUAUCCCAAUGGUUUCAAAGUCUGUUACAGGUGAUCCAGUUUGAUACCCUGCUAACAAUACUAGAAUCGGACAUUGACAAACAGACCACCAAUGUCAGCAAUCCAAUUGAUCCUGAACACAAAAGGGGCUGGCAGUAUGUCUAAGAUAGGGACAUGCUGACCCACUUGCCAGAAUAAGCAUUGGCGUUGUACGUCUCUGCAAACCAUGAAUACAUUUUGCACGUUAUUAUGCAGCGAUAGGUUGGUAGGUUGAAACUUUAAAUUGGGGAAUGAAAGAAAUCUGUGACUGACAUUAAGUGAGGUUGUAUUUACUUUUAAAUGUGCAACAAUUUCAGGCAAAAAAAAUACGGACUUGGUGUGCAAAGUCCCAGAGUGACAUCAUGAAAAGCAUCCCAGCUGAGUUUUACUCUUGAGAUCCCCAAGCUCUCAAGAGAAUCAUUGUAACCCUCACUACUGACGCCUCUGCAGGCAAACUGCCAGUCAAUGCUGCUAAAAGCGCUGGUGUUACAGCCAUUAUUUCUUCCGACAAGCCAUACAGGAGACCCGUGGGUGGGAAAAUACCACAAAGCUUGCCAACCUUCAAAGAUCAAGAGGAAAAUUUUGUAAUGGUGGUUUGCCUCUUCCGAGAAUCACAUCUUGGUUCAAUCAAUAUGGACAGAAUCAUAUAGUUCCUGAACCUAUAGCAAGUUUUUCCAGCUGUUACACAUUGAAUAUUAAUAUUAAUGUAAUUGUAAUUUGUCAUUCAGCUGUGUGCUGUUUUCUUGUUUAGGAUUUUUAUUUAGUGCAUUUUAAUGCCUCUGUGUGUGAACGUGUUCGUCCGAGUAAGCUGUAUAUGUUUGUCCUCCCUUUGGAGCACUUUGAUCAAACUCGUGGGUAGAAAGAAAAGAUUUCCACCCUUCGUUACUGAAAUAUUCAACUUGUUUAUCCGGCCGUUUACCACUUCAGAAAGCAAAAAGCUUCAGCAAAAGUCAGAGGAAGGUGCUGCGGCCGGGAGUUCACCAAGAAAACACAUUUGAGGUGGUACUGACCAGCCUCAAGAAUGUCCUUGUUUCCGAGUUGAUGUUUUUUUUGUUUGCUUCAAACAGUAUUUAUAACGCUGCUUUGAUGAUAUCAUGAUUAUUUGAUGAAGGAGUAUUUUGUAGUCCCUUUUGGAGCUCUAAUUCAAUGAAAUAGAGACAGCAUUUAAUAUCAAUGUGAAAUAUUUAUGGCGCGUUUCAGCUUGUUUAUACUGAGCGAUGGAAGCGUCUGCCAAAUCUGGGUUUCAAGAAGGAGGAGGAAAAAAAGAAAAGCACCAUGGUGGUAAGAAGAAAAACACACGCCUUGGUCUCUCUUGUUUGGCCUAAAUUAUACUGCAGACCCAGGCAAAAUGCGUGUUUGAAUCAAGAUUAGAUUAAAAAAACUGAUGAAACGACUGAGCCUCAAAUGUUCUCGAGAGCACUUCAGAGUAUCCGAGACACUUUGCAACCGUGCGCUUUUAAUUGAAUCUAUUCAAGAGUUCAUUGCCAGAAAAGGAAGAAAAACAUACCUGAAGUUUGUCAAGUUUUGUUUUUGUCAUCCAAAGGCCUUGUUUUUUUUUUUUCUUUAGUACCGCAACUACUUUUUCCCUCUCUGCCGACUAAUAUCUCAUUUCUUGUUUCAAACAUGUUUCGCCUUGGCGUCGGACUGUGUUACCUGCUGCUAUUUGUCUCAGCCCUAAACAGUCUUGUGGCUCAUGGCAUUUCAAGAACACACCAUGGCAACUGGUGUUUAAGAUUGAUCACUUUUUUUAUUUCCACUUUUUACCGUUUCCUCUGAGCCAAGGUGCAGAGGCAUGUAGCCAGAAGUGAAUCCUUCGAUAUUUCAUCCUGAGCAGUUACCUACCAUAUAGGCUGCGUUAGAGUCUCUAGUGUAUAGUACAAUAUCACCUUGCAUGGUACCCAAAGUGAGUGUUUUACUGCCCUCCACCUUUGUAUCUCUUCAUUGAUGACAGUAUUAUAUUCAAAUUUCAGAGUGGGAGAAAAUAUUUUUUUUUACUGAAUUCAGUAGCACAAACUGGGAAUUUCUUUUUUGUGUAUAGUACCCUUUUAAUGUUGAGUUAUUUUCCAUAUUAUCAAGUUUUUCUUCAAGAAAAAAAGACUUGAAUCUUUUUUCCACUAUUGUGUUGUUUACCGCACAUUAUGAAACACGUUUGUCAUUCUAGCCGCAGUUUUUAGUUGUCAACAUCUUAAUUGCACAAAUCAUCGCUUUCAUUUCCUGUGUUUAAAUUAUCAGAUAAAUGUACAGAAUCUUUGGGGUUUCCUCCAAAACUUAUCUAACACACUUCAGCAACAAAUGUGAAUAGUAUUUUUAUAAAGCACUGAAAUGGCCAACGUGGUGAAUUUGUAAAUAAGGAGGCGAUGCUUUGAAUUUAUAUGGUCUUCUCUCCUACUGCUGUUUUCUCCUGCUUAUAACAACUUGUACAAAAAGAGCCGUACAUAUUUGCUUUAUGUAAGUGUACCUUUUGGACUAAUGGGGAUUUGAUUUUAAAAGUGCUUGUUGACCCUUUUUCCAUGUGGAACUCUUGUGACGCCCUUUUUCUCCAGAGCUCCGUGGCUGUCCUCAUGUAUUGUUUCAGUUUAGGUGAACACUGUAAAAGUGGUGGUGGUGAUGGUGGUGGUGGGCGGAGGGGGGUGUUGAAUCCACCUGGUAUCUCUGUUCAGCUUCCCCUAUGCUUGCCACAUUUCAUUUGUCCCUCAGUAAUGAGAACACCCCAGAACAAGCAAACUUCUCCUCUUUAUCUUUCUAAUACUCAUAAAACUGAAACCAGUGCUGCCAACCAACCUAGAUAAACUGUGUUACCCUCUCUGCUUACUUUCUACUGGAAAUAUUACUGAGCCAAGUCUGACCUCCUCCUCCUCCUCCUCUCCCCUGAAAGGCAGAGCACAGCCUUCACAGUACAUCCUGUUUUCAGUUCAUUUUCUGAUUUGUUUUUGCAUGCUUUUAGAGGAGACAUAGUAGAGAGAAGGCGUUCUUUCCAUACUUCCCCAUGUCCCUUUAUCCAAGACGGUCACUGCUGACUGUCUGUCUGAGUUAUUUGAAACCAUACCCAAAGCUUUAUAUCAUAGAAAUACCGUUCCUCAUGUUUGUUACAUGAAUCUGUCAAAAGUAUAUUUUUAAUUUAAUAUAAAUAAAGAUUGAUUCAGUA